AUGGAUGAAAUUGGUAUCGAAGUACAACGCAAUGAACCUUCCUUUGACCCAGCAGUCAGCGAGAAGUCUGCACUCAUCCAGGAGCUUCAAGAGGAGGACCUGUAUAUCAAGUACAAGAAGCUAGCGCGUCACCUAGAGAUGCUCGAAAUACAGGAAAGUUACAUCAAAGACGAACAAGCAAACCUGAAGCGCGAGCUCAUCCGGGCACAAGAGGAAGUCAAACGCAUUCAAUCCGUUCCCCUUGUAAUUGGCCAAUUCCUAGAACCUAUUGACCAGCACACUGGGAUCGUAGGAUCGACGACCGGUUCGAACUACGUUGUUCGAAUCCUCUCAACCCUGGACCGAGAGCUUCUGAAACCUUCGUCGUCUAUCGCCUUGCACCGGCAUUCAAAUGCUCUGGUUGACAUCCUCCCUCCAGAAGCUGACUCUUCUAUUGCCAUGCUUGGAAAGGAGGAGAAACCGGAUGUGGCGUAUCAAGAUGUCGGUGGGAUGGACUCUCAAAAGCAGGAGAUACGAGAGGCAGUCGAGUUACCACUUACACACUUCGACUUGUACAAGAAGAUCGGUAUCGACCCACCGCGAGGCGUAUUGUUGUAUGGGCCGCCAGGUACCGGAAAGACUAUGUUGGUCAAGGCUGUUGCGCACCACACAACUGCCUCUUUCAUCCGAGUAGUGGGUAGUGAGUUUGUGCAGAAGUAUCUUGGCGAAGGUCCGCGUAUGGUUCGGGAUGUUUUCCGACUAGCGCGAGAGAACGCCCCUGCUAUUAUCUUCAUUGAUGAAAUCGACGCGAUUGCCACCAAACGUUUCGAUGCCCAGACAGGUGCCGACCGUGAAGUCCAGCGUAUUCUUCUCGAAUUGCUGAAUCAGAUGGAUGGUUUUGACCAGGGCAGCAAUGUCAAGGUCAUUAUGGCGACAAACCGUGCUGAUACACUGGAUCCUGCCCUCUUGCGUCCUGGUCGUCUUGACCGUAAAAUCGAAUUCCCUCUCCCAUCGCGGAGAGAAAAGCGGUUAAUUUUCCAAACUGUGACGAGUAAAAUGAACCUUGGGCCCGACGUAGACCUCGAAGACUAUGUUUCGCGUCCAGAUCGCCUGUCGUCAGCCGAGAUUGCCUCUAUCGUUCAAGCCGCCGGACUUCAAGCUGUCCGUAAGAAUCGGUACGUCAUUCUACCUGUUGACUUUGAGGAGGCUUGGAAGCAAACAGUCAAACGAUCAGACGAGACGCACGAAUUUUACCGGUAG